AAUUACUGCGCUGUAGCUUUCUGAUUUCCAUCUAACAAGAAACUAAGAGAUACAGAGGAGAGAAGAGAAAGGAAAGACGACAGCAUAAGAUAGCAUAGCAUGGCCAAAUCAUCAUAUCUCGCCUAUUUAUAUGUGUUUGUGGCGAUCCUUCUUUUCUCAGGUGCAGCUUUAAUGCCGGUUGGGAAAGGGGAAGCACCUCCACCUCCAAAACCCUGCGGUGAACAGUUGUAUCCUGCGAAUUGCAUACCAGAUGAAUGUGACCAGAAAUGCAAAGCAAUCAACAUCGGGCAGGUUGGGGUAUGCAUCCCAAUCCCCCGCUCCUAUGCUUGUUGGUGCCUUCACCAGUGCAAACAUUAA